AUGGCGGAGGCAAGCCGGCCACCUCUGGCCCCCUCCGCUCACUCUGGAUCAUCGACACCGGCUCGCAGCCACCGUAGUUUGUCCAUUCCAAGGCCAUUCAACCCCUCAAGAAUCCAGUCUCAGGGCUCUUCCGUCGUGGGCUUCACCACUGAUGAUCUUCCCUUCGGCCAACGUACACCUGGAUCCAAUGGCCACCGCUCAUGGCAGUCUCGCGGCGGCGAGUCUGCGGCAUCCUUCGUAUCAUCCGUCCAGCAAGAGGAGGCCAAGCUCAGAUGGGACUCAGAUGCAGAGCUCAAGGUGGUUUCGAAGUCUCUGCUGAGGUUCCAGAAGUGGUGCCUUCUCAUCGGUUUGCUCUGCAUCAAUGCCGCGCUCAUUUACAUCUCGUUCACCUAUCAUGUCGCCCACUACUUCUUCAUCGUCCUGCUCAGCUCCAACACGGUGCUCCAAUUCAUCAUGAUCGUCUUCAUUGUCGGCCACCUCCUCUUCAAAACCAUCUUUUGGUGCUUCCGCCGCAAAGAAAAGGUCCCGGAGACCCCGGAGCGCAUGGUCAUGCUUCUGCCAUGCUACAAUGAAACGUACGAAGAGCUCACUCGCUCGCUCGACUCCCUGGUAGCGCAGAAGAACAUUGACGAACACCCGCGCAUGAUUUUCAUCGUUGUCGACGGCAACGUCAAGGGCCCUGGUAUGGAGAAGACCACCCAAGAGUACCUCCUGCAGGACAUCCUCGAGCCUGGCCCAACGCGCUUCUUUGAGAACGGAUACCGCGCUCGCGAUGGUCUCUUCAUGCCCACAAAGAUUCAGACCGGUUACUACAAGGGACUGCCCUACCUCUUCGUUGGUAAGCGGUACAACCAGGGCAAGCGCGACAGCUUGUGCUUUGCCCGUUCGUUCCUGUACCAUUUCCACAAGCGCUCCGUCAACGUCAUGACCAUGUUCAACAACGACCUCUUCGAGCAUGUCGGCAACGCCUUCGUCGUCCAGGGCCUGGAAAACAUUGAGUAUCUCGUUGGCAUGGACGCCGAUACCGUCUUUGAUGAAUACUGCAUCUGGGAGAUGUUGAGGGAGAUCCGCAAGAACCCCAAACUUGUCGGUGUCUGUGGCCACGUCUGUGUUGACUAUGACGGCAAGAACUGGGGUCUCUGGUCGCUGUACCAGUCCGUCGAGUACUCCCAAACUCAAGGUCUCCGCCGCAUGUUCCAGUCGCGCAUCACCGGCAAGGUCAACUGUCUUCCUGGAUGCUGUCAGCUUAUCAAGAUUGACGAGGCUACCUUUGGUGAUGAGGUCCUUCGCCAGCGCUUCGGAUACUGCCCCAAGCCCAACGACCUGAUGACCCAGCACAUCAUGGGCAAUUACUCGGAAGACUCCAUCCACGCCAGUAUCAUCUUCUCCUUGUUCCCCCAGCGCCAGACCGCUCAGGCUCUUCGCGCCAAGGCCUUCACGAUUGUGCCCCAGAACUGGAAUGUCUUCCUGUCUCAGCGCAAGCGUUGGGCCCUGGGAUCCAUCUCCAACGAGUUCGUCAUGAUCUUCCGCCCUGGUAUCAUCCCCAUCGAGCGUCUCCAGUCGAUCAUCGCCGUCUGCACCUGGUUCAUCACCCCAUUCAUCAUGGCCGCCGUCAUCGCCCUGAUCAUCAUCCUCAUCCGUCGUGGUGACGAGCUCGUCCGUGAUCCAGUAUUCAUGGCGCUUUUCUCUCUGCUGCUCCUCCGAUACAUCUACUCCUUCUGCAUCGGUUUCUGGCUGCCAAGAAACAUGCUCGAGCGCAUGCAGUAUUUCGUCGGGUACUUCUUCCACCUUUGCACCUCACCCUUCCUCAACAUGAUCAUCCUCGGCUACUCCCUCGUCUACUCGGACGACUUCAAGUGGGGCAAGACUCGCGAGGUCAUCAAGGGCGACGACGAAAAGACGGACGCCGAGGGCGGUCGCGGCACUCAUUAA